GAGGCGGGCGCAGAGCGGCGGGGACGGCGGCGGCGGCGGCUCGCGCUUUCCCUCCGCCAGCCGGCGGCUCCGCGCGCCCGGGGCGGUAGAUGGGGCUGAGCGGCGCCCGCUGAGGAGGGGACGGGGAGCGGGAGCCGGUGCCAGCCGCUUCACUCCUGUCUUAAAGUUUUCACUUGCAAGUUGCAAUGAAGAGGAAACCUUUCAGUGAAAUUAAAUAGACUGAACUGAAGCCUUCCCUAUGGAAGUUUUGCAUGCCAUGCAGCAAGUCCUGGAUAACCUUACUGAUCUGCCAACAUCGACAGGAGCUGAAGAAAUAGACCUGAUUUUUCUUAAAGGAAUUAUGGAAAACCCUAUUGUAAGAUCACUUGCUAAGGCUCAUGAGCGACUGGAAGACUCUAAACUUGAGGCUGUCAGUGACAACAACCUGGAGUUGGUGAAUGAAAUUCUUGAAGACAUCAGUCCCUUAGUAAAUAAAGAUGAAAAUAUUGCAGAAUUAGUUGGAAUACUCAAGGAGCCUCAUUUUCAGUCACUCUUGGAAGCACAUGAUAUUGUGGCUUCAAAAUGUUAUGAUUCCCCUCCUUCUAGCCCAGAAGUCAAUAAUUCUUCAGUGAACAACCAGAUUGUUCCAGUAGAUGCUAUUCGUAUCCUUGGAAUUCACAAAAGAGCAGGAGAACCACUAGGUGUUACGUUUAGAGUUGAGAACAAUGAUCUGGUAAUAGCACGAAUUCUUCAUGGUGGAAUGAUAGAUCGGCAAGGUCUUCUGCACGUAGGUGACAUAAUUAAGGAGGUGAAUGGCCAUGAGGUUGGAAACAACCCAAAAGAAUUACAGGAACUGCUGAAAAAUAUUAGUGGCAGUGUCACUCUGAAGAUUCUCCCCAGCUACAGAGACACUGUUAUUCCUCAACAGGUUUUUGUGAAGUGUCAUUUUGAUUAUAAUCCAUAUAAUGACAACCUCAUCCCAUGCAAAGAAGCAGGUUUGAAAUUUUCUAAAGGAGAAAUUCUUCAGAUUGUAAACCGGGAAGAUCCAAAUUGGUGGCAGGCUAGUCAUGUCAAAGAAGGAGGAAGUGCAGGGCUUAUUCCUAGCCAGUUCCUGGAAGAAAAGAGAAAGGCCUUUGUUAGGAGGGACUGGGACAACUCAGGGCCUUUCUGCGGAACAAUAAGCAGCAAAAAAAAGAAAAAGAUGAUGUAUCUCACUACAAGAAAUGCAGAAUUUGAUCGUCAUGAAAUCCAGAUCUAUGAGGAGGUAGCCAAAAUGCCUCCUUUUCAGAGGAAAACACUGGUCUUAAUUGGGGCCCAAGGAGUAGGGCGAAGAAGUUUGAAGAAUAGGUUUAUAGUACUGAAUCCUACUAGGUUUGGAACUACAGUGCCAUUUACUUCUCGAAAGCCAAGGGAUGAUGAGAAGGAUGGGCAAGCAUACAGGUUUGUGUCACGAGCUGAAAUGGAGACGGAUAUUAAAGCUGGCAGAUAUUUAGAGCAUGGAGAAUACGAAGGAAAUCUUUAUGGCACCAAAAUUGAUUCCAUCCUUGAAGUUGUUCAGACGGGAAGGACCUGCAUCUUGGAUGUGAAUCCACAGGCCCUGAAAAUACUGAGGACUUCAGAAUUUAUGCCCUAUGUAGUGUUUAUUGCUGCUCCAGAGUUGGAGACUUUGCGUGCUAUGCACAAGGCUGUGGUAGAUGCUGGAAUUACAACCAAACUUCUCACCGACACUGAUUUGAAAAAAACAGUGGACGAAAGUGCACGGAUCCAGAGAGCGUACAACCACUAUUUUGAUCUGACCAUUGUAAAUGACAACCUGGACAAAGCCUUCGAGAAGCUACAGGCGGCUAUCGAGAGACUGAGGCUGGAACCACAGUGGGUCCCAAUUAGCUGGGUCUACUGAGAUUUCUCAAGAGGAGCUUAAGUAACAAAUAAAAUCACCUGCAGCAAAUACGCUAACGUGAGGUUGUGUAGAUACCAACGAUAGCCUACGGCACCUGUGCAUUUUUACUCUGUGUAUAUUCAAGUAGUACACUAUUCUGAAUUUUUAUAAAAAUGUUGAAGGGAAAGUGUACUUAAAUAUGUAAUUUAUUUUAAUUUUUCUAAAUUUUUACAGAUAACCUUUCUAUUCAUAUCACAUGAAGGAAAUGCGUUUAAGCAUUUUUGUAUGUUUUGAUUUAGUACUUUUGCCUUUUUCAUCUAAGAAACUUUCAGUCAUUCACUUCAACAUUUGCGUCUUGGUCUUACAUUUUCACUGUGAUUAAAAAAAAGGAUACUUGAAACAAUUUUUGUAAAACUUGUUAACGUCAGUGUUUAACCGGUCAAAAGUCUAUAGCUCUUACUAGGCAAGAACACUUAAUUUCUUCGGGUUUUUUUUCUUCCUUAAAAAAAAACCAGUAAUUUCAUGGGAGCAGAAUUUUAAAUAUUAAAAGCAGCAAGCAACACACAGCUCCAUAGCUCCAGCUUUUUUCAGCUUAAUGUCGGUGCAUUCUUGGUGUUUCACAGAUUCUUGAUGUCUCUUGAUUUAGACAACUGUUGUAUAGGUUCCCUUAAACAUAUCUCUUAAAAUAACAUAAAGCAAUACCUUGCAGGCUGCUUACUAGGCUGCUCUUGGGAGCCAACCUUCUGGUCGAAGUGCUGAUGUUAGGAAGCUGGUACACAAGGAAUUCAGCGCAAUCUGGAUAAUGGGGAAGCAGCCUGAGAGAGAACCUGAUAACAUGGAGCCUUGUAGAGUGAUGCUUAAUGUUUAGGACUAUUUAUUCAUACUUGUGAAAACACAUUGCUUUUUAAAAAAAAAAAAAACAAAAACAAAACAGGCAUUUUCUUUUCUUAGGACACUUCAAUAUUUGUAUAGUGAUCUGUGGCUUAAUUUCCUGUGAUACUUAGCUGGGUUCUAUAUUAUCUUUUUGAAUAUUUGUGUGUGAUCAACUGCUGUAUUUUUCUGAGUGUGAUGUAAUGGAAUUUCUGUGCUUUUUGUUACAUUGUUUUUAAUUGCGUUUUUCAUUAGCUAGCUUGUGAAUUGGAAGCAGACUGCUAAAAAGCAAUGUUGUUUAUACCUUUUUUGUUUCACAGCAUAUUUCCUUUUGUUUAGUGACAGUUCUCCCCUUAGGGUCACUGGUACAAUUCGUGUUAGGUUCGAGUUCAUGGAUCAGAACUGAGGCUGAUGUAAAUUUCUGCUUAACGAGAACAAAAUGAAAAUACAGCUUUAGCUCUUCUUGUGCCCACGUGCUGUAACGUCAGCUGCUGUAUACAGUGGCAUUCACCAUCACUCGCCAGGCUAGGUGUCUAAACUGAAGUCACCUGUUAGUUUAAUUUCUCUUCCAUCUGGCGACAGGCACCGGGCUUCCGAAUUCUUUCUCAACAGCAAAGUGUGACAUGGAACGCUAUCAAAAGGCAACUUCUUCAGAACCAUUUCUGAAGGAAAAGUAGCUUGGACACUGUAAACCGGUAUUGCUGCCUGGGGCUCUUAAAGACUUUCAAGUGCACAAGUAAAAGAAAAAUGGAGCUGAUGCAGUAGAGGAAAAGUGUAAGUCUGAAAAAAAAAAAAAAACACCUUAAAACACCCGUUGUACUGCAGGUGAUUUUGACAGAGCCUGUGAAGUUGGUUGUUGUGGGGGUAAAGGGGCAGGGGGGGCUCGAGAUCCCAGUGUAUGUGGAAAAUGUUAGCUGAACCCGUGUGCAGCACAGGUAAAUCUCUGUGGCUUUUAAUCCUGCGAUUUCAGACUUGCAGAGGGAAGCUCAAAUUCUCCACGAGAAAUUUGUACCACUACUUUGUUUUAUGGUUAUACUUUUCAGGAUGUGUUUUCUCUGGUUUUGUUUAAGUUGGGCGGAGCUUUUAAAUGUGGCACCAGCGUGAGGCUUUCAUUUUCCUGUCCCAGGAGACACGUUCCAUGAUCCUGUUGCUCAGAGGCUGCUUUGAGAACUGGAUGGAGGGCUGCAUGUAGCAGCAGUGGUGGCAGAGCCAGGGCUCGGCUUGGCUGUUUUAAGGAUUGGCUGUUGGCGCUGUAACUGUGUUUGUGUACUGUGUAACAGGAGACCUACCCACACUGUAAAUAAGAUGUGCUGUCUGGACAGAUACGAUGCCUUUUCAUUGUGAGUUAGAAAUUCCUCUGUGAUGCCAAAAGUUGGGCGCUGAGCUCACUCUUCCCUAAUGAACGGAACAGGAAGAUCCUUCAGUUUCCACGCCAUAGUACUUCAUACUGUAAAUAUCACUCAGUUUCAUCGCGUUUUUUUCCCAUAAAUUUACUUAACCAAAUAAAACACGUGAAACCUGGGCACCAAGGGUUAGUCAGGAAAACCUCUCCGCUCCUCUGUUGCCAUCCCAAGGGAGAAUAGUGUCAGAAGAGCCUCCUCGGUCAGCGGUUUCCAAAUAGCCGUGUGGCUGCUAGAGCCUGAAGCUCUAGCUCUUGCUGCGGGUUCGCACAGUGGUUUUAAAUCAAGCGGUGAGCACAGCGGGGCCGGGGCCUGGCCCUGGGGUGGCGGCAGUGUAGAUGCUAAGGAAAAAGGCAAUUCUGAAGCAAUGAGAAGGUGGCUUCCUUAGGUCGCGCACGAACAUUGUAGCAAAGUGUCUGCGGGUUUUAAUUGGCUGUCAGUGUGCGGGUUGUAAGGGGGGGGAACACCUCAGCACCACAGUCCUUGGGGCUGUCGGUUAAAGCUUGAAAAUUGGGAGUUCAAAUUGGCAAGUAUGUAAUCUUGGGAGGGGAGAGAGGUUCGUUGUGGUUUGUCUUGUUUUUUUUUUUUUGUGGUGGUGGGUUUUGGUUUGUUUGUUUUUUUUUAGCAAAAUCAGAUAUUCUGCUUAGUUUGUCACUACCUGGUAGGAGGACUAGAAUGCCAGUUACUUUUUUUAACGAAGAGCAUUCUUGGAGGUUCUUAGAAGGCCGGUGCCAUUUCAGCCAUAGACACAGCGGUGAGAGUCUGUGCCUGGCGGGGUCAGGUGCCAGAGACCUGUACCUCGUGCAAUUAGGGGAUAAAGACACGAGGAAAGGCUGGUUUUGAGCAAGUGAAAGCAUUUCAUACAACAGCUGUUGGAAGUGUUUUGGAGGAGUUAACGUAACAAGGAUUUCAUGUAUCUCAUUCUGUACGAAAUCAUUUUCCAGACACUAAGAGGAAACCUUUUUACACUGUUAAUAAUAACAAUAGGUGUGUCUGAGCGAGGUGAAGAUGCUGCUAAAUGUUUAAGUGGUGUAUCUAUCACAAGAUAAAUAUUUAAGUAGUUUAGAAAAGUAAAUUAUCAAAUAGUUGUCUGUGUUUACGUAUGUAUGUGGAUGGUAAAAAAAAAAAAAUGCUCACGUCUGCUAUCACAUUACUAAGUUACCAUGACUUAAUCCAGAAAUGUACCUGCAUGUGAGACUUUAGAACUGGUACACUUCUCUACCUGGUUUCUUGUGUUUACUAAUGUAUAUUUUUCUAAAUAUACAGAUAUUUCAAUCUAAAAAUUCUAUAUUUAUCUGUAAUUUCUAUCUGUUUUGGACAGUGCAUGAGGUGCUGUAAAAUUCUGUACAUAUAGAGACUUAUAGAAGAAAUACUGUAGUUGCCCUGUGAAUGAGAAGUUACACGUAACAGUACAGUCAGGAUGCCAAGAUAGCCCUCAGUUAUUUCCUUAAAUGCACCAAAAAUUCCCUUAAGUGUGCACCAGUCUCAACUUUAAUGUAAAUACUUUGGUGCACGCACACCCAAGUGAUUACCUUCCUGGCUCCACGUGUUACACCAGCGGGUUUACUUGGUGUUCUGCAUCACGUGAGGAGAUGCAGUCAGCUAGAGUUUUGCGGGAUAGUAACGGGCUACGUCAUCUCGCGAAGAUUUAGAAGGGUCUUUCAAAAUGUUCUGCAAAUGUAAAAUGAAGGUAAAACUGGAGCGGAGUCACAGACCGACGCAGGCAAGGGAAAUCAAAAUUUAUAACCAGUGCAGGAUCCUGAACUUGUGCCGCGUGCUGGGAUCAGCUUGGUCGGGGCAGAGCUCUGUGGAGCUGGACGGCAGAGCAGCUCGUCGCUUCUGAAUUUGUGUUUGUUACAUAAACUGUCACACCUUGGGUAGACUCAAAACGUGAUCCUUCCUUUCCCCCAUCCUCUGUACAACUCUAACUCAUGGCGUCUUCUAAGAUCAUACCUAAAUCACUUGCUGUACAAACCGCCUGCAGCUCAGCACUCAGGAAGUCAUGGGGGUUUCGUUCUGCUUUGGAGAGGGUGAUUCAAAUAAGAAAUAGGGAACUUUUUUGCUCUUUGGCUGGGUCCCCUUUAGAGCCACGCCUGCACCUCUGCUGUGCUUAAGGCCCCGUGGCGAAGGGUCGGGCAGAGCACGGCGACGCGGGCCAGUGCCUGUCUUUAGGUAGGAGCCGUUACUGUGACUCCAAACCAGUUCAACCUUCCUCUCUGCCUACCCCUCGCUUUGCCCCCGGGCUCGCCCUGCCUCGCUGCUUCCCCCGGGCUGGGCGCAGAGGCAGGGGCUGUUCUGCCCUCGGUUCCCCGCCGCUCCUUGCGCCCCGCUGGUGCAGCUGUAAGACAAACCACAGACGCGGGGGGGCUGCUGCAGCUGCCGGGCUUCGCACAGGGGGGUUCUCCCCGCACCCACAGUCUGAAGAGUUAAAGUACCCUUGUUGUUGCCAAACGACUUCUGCAAAAGCAGGGAGAUCAGUUGAUCCCUGUCUGGGCAGUAACGGCCCCAUACAGUAGCAGCCUCCUCGCCUCUCGCCUUAACCCCCUCCACACAAAGCCUCUCUGGCUGUUGAAAGGAUUGCUGUCCUUAAAGGGGCUCCCAUUCUCUUUCCCUGGUUACUGAAGGUGGUGAAGCCAAGUCCUCGCCUGAUUUUUUUUAUUUUUUUUUUCCCCAUCUCUGCAUUUCUUUUUUUUGGCCUACCCUUCUUCGCCUUCAUGUACGUUGAACAAGCUCACUGAGGGGAACCGUCUGGGAUCCUCAACUUGUGUCUUGUGGAAGAACUAGUGGUCAGUAAAUACAGAUGUUUAUAAGACUGGGAUAACUUACUGGUUUUAGUCCCAAGACAGAUAUUUAAAAAAAAGCAAAGCAAAACAAAAAUUAGAUUGAGAAAACUUGUAAUUUUCAGAGGCAGCUUUGGCUUCCAAAAUGUGUUAAGUGAGCUUGUGUGCACACACACACACACA